UCCUCUCUCUUUUCCCUGGCAUCGAUGCUGGCCACAAAUUCAGCACGGAGAGUGAAAGCAGGGGAGAGAGGGAACGAGAGAGAGAGAGUUUAAGCGGACAGAAAAAAAAAACAGCUUUCCCUUCUGCUCCGAACCUUCUGAAAAAAAAAACCCCAUCUUCCUCUUAUUCCUUUUCGUUUACCUGUUUUCCUUUCUCUUUUUUUUUGGUUGAAAAUAUUGUCUGCCAAAUUCCCAAGGAUACGACGCGCCCCCCCCCCCCCCCUAUUUUCUCGCCAUGCCAUUUGUAUCCAAGAUGAUAUUUUUUCCUUUUUUUCCUGCUGCGGUCUUGCGUCCAUGAGUUGUUCUUGAUUUGAGGCCACUUUAUCUUUCCCUAACUUUGUGUGUGUUUUGGGGUGUUGUUUUGAUCCCCGUGUAAAUAUAUACAUUUUGGGAAGCGUUUAUUGGCUGUCCCACGUAAACUCACCCUUUUCACCCCUACAUAUGCUCAAUUGCUUGUCUUAUCCCCCCCUGACAGUCUCUCGGUCAUCUAUCAAUCGCUUUCUCUCUCCAUAAUUCUGCUCAACUUGGAAUUUAGGUGGUUUUGAGUUUCUCCGGCAGUUCGCUAUGACACCAAGAGAUGGAUGAAUUUCACCCUUUCAUCGAAGCUCUUCUCCCACAUGUCCGCGCAUUUUCGUACACAUGGUUCAACCUCCAAGCAAGGAAACGCAAGUAUUUCAAGAAGCACGAAAAGCGGAUGUCAAAGGACGAGGAGAGGGCGGUGAAGGAUGAGUUGUUGGGAGAGAAGCCCGAGAUCAAGCAGAAGUGGGCGUCUCGACUGUUGGCUAAGCUUCGUAAGGACAUCCGGCCAGAGUUCCGAGAGGACUUUGUCCUUACUAUCACCGGCAAGAAGCCUCCAUGUUGUGUCCUCUCUAACCCAGACCAGAAAGGGAAGAUCCGGAGGAUUGACUGCCUUCGUCAGGCAGACAAGGUGUGGAGGUUGGACCUGGUGAUGGUCAUCCUGUUUAAGGGGAUCCCGCUGGAGAGCACCGACGGGGAACGUCUCUACAAGUCACCCCAAUGCUCUAACCCAGGGUUGUGUGUCCAGCCUCAUCACAUUGGGGUGUCCAUCAAAGAGUUGGACCUCUACCUGGCCUUCUUCGUCCACACACCCGAUUCUGGACAGUCGGACGCUUCAAAUCAGACUGAGGUGGAUAUAAAGCCCCCUCCAAAUGGUCACCUGUCCUUUCAGGAUUGCUUUGUCACCUCAGGAGUGUGGAACGUCACUGAGCUUGUACGCGUGUCCCAGACACCUGUUGCCACAUCAUCUGGCCCCAACUUCUCAUUGGCUGACCUGGAGAGCCCAAGCUAUUACAAUAUAAACCAGGUGUCACUUGGUAGGCGGUCCUUAACGUCGCCUCCUUCCAGCAGUUCUACCAAGCGCCCCAAGUCUCUUGAUGACAGUGAGAUGGAGAGUCCAGUGGAUGAUGUUUUUUACCCGGGGACAGGUCGGUCGCCUGCAGCAGGAGGCAGCCAGGCCAGUGUGUGGCCAAAUGAUGUAGACACAGGGCCUGGGUCACUUAAAAAGCCGGGAAAGCUGGAUUUCUGCAGUGCUCUGUCCUCACAGACCAGUUCCUCUCGAAUGGCAUUCACCCAUCACCCUCUCCCAGUGCUGGCAGGAGUGAGACCAGGAAGCCCUCGGGCAUCAGCGUCUGCUCUUCACUUCCCCUCAACGUCCAUCAUCCAGCAAUCCAGUCCUUACUUCACCCAUCCAACAAUACGCUAUCAUCACCAUCAUCAUACCCAGGACUCUCUUAAAGAGUUUGUUCAGUUUGUCUGCUCAGACACCUCUGGCCAGGGGUCAGGACAGCCCAGCAGCGGGGCCCAAGGGAAAAUGUCGGGUUCCUUUUUGCUGCCACCCCCUGCACCUGUGGCCCGGCCUGUCCCCCUUCCCCUGCCAGACACAAAACCUGUCACCAGCAACAACUCUGUCUUAGAAGGAGGACUGUCUUCUCCAGCGUCGCCCUCAUUCUCAGCGCCUUCCCCCGCCGGGUCCAACAGGUUUGUCACAAUUGGAUCACGAGACACCAACUUUCUGAACCUCCCCCAGCAGUCUCAAUCCUGGUUCCUUUGAUAUUACCGCCAAGCUGCGAAUAUGCGAGCUAAAGGAACAACGUUUUGUGACACAGAAGCCCACCCUUUACACACCGACCCCCCCCCCCUCCACCCCAUGCGUGACUACAGGACGACAACCCCUUUCUCCCCCCCCCCCCCUCGCCCAGAGCAAGAACGGAACAGCGAAACUCUCACGGAGCGCGUGGGAUGGAAAUUCCCUUACUGGGGCGAACUUUUUAAUGUCUGCGCUGCCUAGCACCCCUCUGAUAGUUAAGGUUUAAACCACUCAUGUUUCACCCUUCCCUCACCUUCCGCCAACCUAUCAUGUAUUUUCAGUGUUUGUUCCCUUUGUCAUUCACACUCUUUUCCCCCCCAGGAGAAAGGAUUGAGCUAUGGGACAUUGGUCCCCUAUAGGGUGACAGUUAGAUAAGGGACACGCAGUGCUUCCCUCCCAGUUCAGGGAGACAGAUCGAAACAUAAAAAAACGAUACAUUUCCUAGUUAGUGCCGCUAAUUUGUGAGCACUGUUUCCGAAUGAUUGGAAUCUCACCGGAAUAGAAGCCUUCCCCCCAGUAACAUUUAUACAGCCAUUUGUCCUAUCAACCUUCCCAUUCAGCAAAACAGAAAUAACGUCAUCGAUAUAUCUCCCCUUACGAUUGCGUUAAUCCGCCUUCGCCUGGGCGUAAACACGCGGGACGAGGAUAGAACGUUAAACGCUCAAGUGCAAUGAUUUCAAUUAGCGUAGGAUGUUUUUGGUUUUUUUUUUUCUUAAGGUUAAUAUUUAAACGAGCAAAAAUACAUUUCUAUUUUCGUGUAAAACGGGCAAAAAAAAUAAAUUUGCUUUCUGUUUAAAAAUAAAAAGUCCGCGUCUCCCAGUGGACUCUAAAAACACAGGGAAGCUGUCUGCCAUCAGACAUUAAGAAAUUGUUUUUUAAAAAUUAUUUUCUUGCACUAAAUAAGAUUUUUUUUUUUCCGGCAUGUUUUCUCCUCCCAUUGCACUAUGACUUUUAUUAACAGAUCAUUUGUAUAAAAAAAAAAAAAUAACAUGAA